AUGCAGAGAGCGUUACAAAGACUAGUGCGAUCGAGAAUCUUAGCCAAACCGACGGCGGCGGCAGUGGCCAACUAUUCGUCCGACGGUGAUGCGUGUGCCCCGACCAAAAAAGGUUUGGUGUUGGGCGUGUACAGAGGAUGUAGCCCAGGUGAAGUACGUAUGUCGGACGAUGCGCAGAAAUUCGACCUCGCCGUGUCCGGGCGCGCCACAGACUUUCUGUUGACGUCCAACAUCGCCCGACAAGGUGUAGUGGUAGCGCACGACCUGCACCCGGACUACUUCGCGGUGGCGUUCGCCGACAUCGGGCCGAUGAACGCCGGGUACAACAAGCUAGAGAACCUCGAGGAGUGCCUGGAAUGGACGAGGACCGGGGCGGGAGUCGGAGCCCGAGCGCUGCAAAAGUACGGCGUGGACGACAUCUACGUGGAGAACAUGUCGAACGUCCAGGCGGCCGCCGAAGGGGCCGUGUUGGGCGCUUGGGACUUCGACGGUUACAAGGUCACGGAAGAGCGCCUAAAGAGCCAAGUGUUGCCGCACAACGUCAAAGACACGGAACUGUGGAGGAGCGGAACGAUUACGGGCGAGGCGCAGAACUUGGCCCGGCACAUCGCGCACCUGCCGCCAAACGUGGGCACGCCCGAAGGUAUAGCCGACUACGUGCGCGACGUGCUUUGCAAGUGCAGUAUCAGCGUAACCAUACGCAACGUGGAAUGGAUCGAAGAGAAAAAGCUCAACUCCCUGUUAUCCGUGGCCAUGGGGUCGCGGCGCACUCCCAUAGUGUUGGAAAUGUCGUACUGCGGCGGACCGGCCGACGAAAAGCCGGCCGUGCUCAUCGGCGACGGGUGCACGUAUGACUCGUGGGGACUGUGCCUGCGCAACCAAAAGCGCCCCGAAUGGGGUAUGUACGCCAAGUCGGGCGCGGCGUCCGUGAUCGGUGCGAUGAAGGCCGUGGCGCAACUAUCGUUGCCGUUGAACGUGAACGCCCUGGUGCCGCUGUACGAGAACAAGCCGGGCGGCAUGGCCAUGAAACCAGGGUCGGUGAUUAAGACGUACGACGAAAAAACAACCGAAGUGCACCGAACCAAUGUAUCGUCCAGGCUGGUGCUCAGCGACAUAAUCGGUUACAGUCAGAUGCUCACGCCCAACUUAAUCAUAUCAGUGUCUUCGCUGUCCAACGACACACAAAACUACUUAAACGGUAGCGCAACGUUCGGGUUCACCACAGAGGAAGGCCUGUACAAUCAGAUCGAAGGCGCGUCCGCGUCCACCGGCGACCGAGUCGUCCGCGGCCCGCUUUGGAACUUUUACAAGGCUAAAACACUGUGGCCCACCUUGGCCGACACUCGGGUGGUGCCGUAUAAAGAAGCCGGGGACGCCAUGGCCGCAGCCAUGUUUUUGGAAAAGUUCAAGCCCAAAGGAUCUGCCAUGAUCACGUUGGACGUGGGCGGUUCAGCGUUUCUAAGGAGUCCAAUGCCGGAACACUACCUGAGACCCGAACGUAUGACAGGCAGUCCAGUCCGUACCAUUGUGCAAUUAUUGAAACAAACAGCAUGUCCUAACGACAGGAGACCAGCAUGUUGA